AUGACUACCUUAAACCACACUGGUAUGAGUCACACAAUUUUCCGAUUGCUGGGCAUCCCUGGACUAGAGAACCAGCACAUAUGGAUUUCUAUCCCUUUUGCCAUUUCCUAUGUCACUGCACUACUUGGGAACAGCCUGCUCAUCUUCAUUAUCCUCACAAGGUGCAGCCUCCAUGAACCCAUGUACCUCUUUUUCUGCAUGCUGUCGAUAGCAGACAUUGUCCUGUCCACCUGCAUAGUACCUCAGGCCUUGGCAAUUUUCUGGUUCCAUGCUGGGAAGAUCUCCUUGGACUGCUGCAUCACUCAGGUCUUCUUCAUCACUUCCACCUUUAUCUCUGAGUCAGGGAUCUUGCUGGUGAUGGCAUUUGACCGCUACAUUGCCAUAUGCUACCCACUGAGAUACACCACUAUUCUUACAUAUGCCCUGAUUGGGAAAAUUGGUUUAACCAUCUUUCUAAGAGGUUAUGGCACAGUUUUACCCAUAGUAUUUCUUCUGAAAAGACUGACUUUCUGCAGAAGUAACAUCCUCCCAAACAUUGCUUGUAAGCACAUUGUCUUGGCUCGUAUUUCUUGUGAUGAUAUCCAAGUAAACAUAUGGUAUGGGUUUUUUGUAUUAAUGUCAACCUUGGUCUUAGAUGUAAUGCUUAUUUUUGUUUCUUAUGUGCUCAUUCUCCAUGCUGUCUUCCAUAUGCCUUCCCAAAACACUCGUCACAAAGCUCUGAAUACCUGUGGUGCCCACGUCUGUGUCAUCAUCCUCUUUUAUGGGCCUGGGAUCUUCUCAGUCCUCACUCAGCGGUUUGGACACCACAUCUCACCCCAUAUCCAUGUCCUGUUGGCCAGUGCAUAUAUCCUUGUUCCACCUACGCUGAAUCCCAUAAUUUAUGGGAUUAAGACCAAACAGAUCCGGGACCAGGUGGUUCAUGUGUUCUUUACAAAGCAGACCUGA